UAUGGAGUAUAUAAAUCGGGUAUUUAAGGAGGUAACCUUGCGCAUAGACAAAUCUUCGCACAUUGUUUAAAUUGCUCAUGGCUGUUCUAAAUUUAGCUGGAGAUUGGGGUGGAUUUGGUGCAGCAUCACUGGAACAUUGCAAGGAAAUGCGCCACUUGGGGUCCAUGUGUUUCGAAAGUUAUUUAUAGCAGCGCUGGCGCUACGACAACAUUCAACAACAAAGCGGAGUCGCUGCAUCGCCGGGAUCAGUUGCAAUCAGACCAUGGCCUCGUUUGGAGUUCGGGGAAUGAGCCAGCCGCUGGGCAUACGGAUCUGCUGCUGUCGCGUCUGCACCUGCAUCAACUUUGGGUUCGUUCUCUCGCGGAUUGGCCUCCUCAAGCUGAUGCAACUGGGCCUGGCCAUGCUCUGCGAGGGACUGCUCAUCCGCUAUGGCGUCCCAUACGCCGAUUCAAUUGGCCAGGCGCUAACCAGCUUCCUGGCCACCACCGGCCACUGCUUCACCACCACCGGCAUCCUGCUGCUGUGCUACGCCUUCUCCGACAAAUCCUACAGCCUCAUCCGCCAGUCACUUUUCGAGACCUUGUUCAAUGGCCUCGCCAGCUGCAUGUACUUCAGCUCAUCCAGUUACAUGGGUUUCGCCUGCGUGGUGUGGCUGCAUCCGCAGUUUCUGGUGCGACCCGGAUUCUGGGCAUAUCCGGCCAUGACUGCCUGUUACGUGAGUGCUAUUAAUUCAUCUAAAGACAACAAUCCUUUUAAUUCUUUAAUUUUCAGUACAUGGGCUAUGCGGCGGGAAUUUUGCAUGCCCUGGACGCUUACUUGGCGUUCCGGCACUUUCGAGGCGCACGAUAAUCACGCUAAUCCCGGCCAGACAAAAAAACAGUAUCUUAAGUAAUUUGUGGACGUAUUUAUAUGAGUUUUAGGUUUAAGGCACCUUAUUUCCGUUGGUCUCAAACAUUCACGGUAAAAGCGAUUAGUCGUAUGUUUAUAAAUAAUAACAUUUAAAA